AAUCUUUAUUCAUCCGAAGUAUUAAUUUUGUUUUAAUAAAUAUAUUUGUAGGUUUAAAGUUGACAUGUUACUAAGAAAAAAAAUAAAAUAACUUUUUGUAACUCUACAUUUGCGAAGGCGGAAGUGCAAACCAAAGCGGAAGUGCGUUGCCCUUCUGCUCACGGGCCCACCCCACGUGACAGGGAAUACUACCCACAAUGCUUUGUCCAAAAUGUCGGCCUCCUGUUGUCGCGUGUGUGUUUACACCUGUAGCUUCGACCAAAGGAAAUAUUAACGUUUUUUGUUACAUUCUAAACUUUUUGGAAACAUUACGCGAUUAAAAGUGAAUCCAAGAUGAAACUCAAAUCCAAGUCUUCGUAUCACAAAUCGGAGAACACCUACCGGUUUCUCACAUUUGCUGAGAGACUUGCCAAUGUCAACAUCGAUGUCAUCCAUCGGAUUGACAGAAUUGGAUCUUUUGCUGAGGAGGUAGAAACCUACUUUUUUGAAGGUCUGACAAAAUGGAGGGACCUCAACUUGACCCAGCAAUUCACGACAUUUUUGAAAGAAGUCUCAAACAAGAGCCAGUCUUUCAACAUGCUGGUUUUCCACCAGAAGUCAAUCGUGGAGUGUCUGAAAACUAACCUCGCCGUCAAAGACAGCCUCGCCUCCCAACCACUGCUGGAUCUGGUGGUCCAGCUGGCUCGAGACCUGCAGACGGAUUUCUAUCCUCACUUCCCAGACUUCUUUGUUCUCAUUACCUCACUUUUGGACACUAAAGACACAGAGGUUCUAGAAUGGGCCUUCACCUGUCUCUCCUACCUUUACAAGUAUCUGUGGAGGCUCAUGGUGAAGGACAUGACCAACAUCUACAGUUUGUACAGCACACUGCUGGCACACAAAAAAGACCACAUUCGCAAAUUUGCAGCAGAGAGUUUCUCUUUUUUGAUGAGAAAGGUCCCAGACUUCGACGGCCUGCUGGACCUUAUGUUCUCGGACCUGCAGCGGCAUCCUGAUAAAGCAGAGGGCGUCGGUCAGCUCCUGUUUGAAAUGUGCAAAGGUGUCAGGAACAUGUUCCACUCUGUUGCUGCCAGGGCGUUCCCCGCAGCUCUGCGUAAACUUGGUCCACUGACAAACCCGGACGUCUGUUUACCGUGGGACACAGUCAGGGACGCUCUGGAUCACAUGGCCCAGGCUGCAGCCGAUUAUGUUGACAAAGAACACUUCCUGGUCUUAUGGGAGUCCGUGCAGGCCAGUGUGCUGCAGGUCCUGUGUGUCGUCGAGGAAAAGGGAGAGAAAGCCCAUGAGGCCACAGAGCAGCUGGAGCGGCUGCUGUUCAUCCUCCACACCCUGGUGUCUCACAGAAACGGAUCCAAAGUCACCAAGCCUGAGUCGCUCUGCCAGGUGUUGCUGCAGUUGAUCCAGAGCUCAGCUCUGUCAGUUCCCUGCUCCCGUCUGCUCCUCCAGAUCGUCUCCUCUCUGCUUCUUGGGGAGAACAUCACCCUCCCCGCCCCACUGAUUCAAGGCACAAUACAAAAGAUCUUUGGAAGCACAAUGGGCCAAGAUCUGAUUUUGGAGUUCACUAAAGAAAUGUUCACCAUGAAACAGUUUGAGCAGCUUUUCCUCCCCAGUCUGCUGCGUUUUUCUGCUGGGCUGGUGCUGAGUGAAGACGCCCCGUCUCGUCACUCGGGCCUGGAGGUGUUGGUCCAACUCAUCCUCUCUAAAGCCCCGCCCCCCACAGAUGGCUCCAUGGCCUUUGAAACCUACCCACUGCUGUUCACCGGACUGAACGCAGGUCGAAACCCAGGACAAACGAGUGGUACCACACCACAGCAGGCAUCAGUACCAGAGCUGGUACUGUCUCUGAUCAAUCUCCCCGAGGAGCAGAAGGAACCAAUCACUGACCUGUCUCUGCCGUGGUCCGCCCUCAUCCUGCUGCCGCACCUCAGACCACAAAGUCCAGUGACUGUUGUCCCGGGCGUCAGCGCUCUGUUGAACCACCUGCUGAGUCAGAUCCACGAAGGAAACUUUGGAAAAGCUGCUCUGUUCGUGGCCCGUCAGGCUCUGAGCUGCCUCCUCAGUCUGGACGGCUCGGCCCAGCUCCUGUCUCUGGUCACCGUGGACAAGGUCACGUCCAUCCUCAGGAAGUUUCCCACAGACCUGUCGGCCCUGCUGGUGGGAGACCUGUACUACACCCACCUGUCGCUCAGCGGCGUUUCAGAGCAUCUGUCCCACAGUGCACUGCAGGAGCUGUACCACAUCCUGCAGCCCAAUCUUUCCUCCAAUGUCUCUAAGAUCCGCCUCUUGACUCUGAGGAUCCUGUCGCAGUUCGAAGCGGAGCUUCCUGCCCAGCCUGAGGCCGAGGACAGCGUGGACGUCCAGCCGGUGUUCGCCGUUUGCCUGCAGGCAGAGUUGGUGCCGGCGUCGGUGCAGGACUACAGAGAAAAGCUGCUCCACCUGCGGAAGCUGAGGCACGACCUGGUGCAGCGCAGCCUGCCGCAGGGUCCCAGCGCCACCUUUCAGCAGGUUCCUCUGCGUUUCCUCAUCGCGAUGCUCUUUGUCAACUUCAGGCCUCUGUGGGACGCCGUCAUUGACCUUAUAGUGAGCCACGCCCGGGGGAUGGACAACAAAGACUUCUGGGUAAUCUACUACGAACACCUAGAGAUGGUUGCUGGGCUGGCAGAAAAGGAGUUACGAGAGGACGACGAAGAUGACGUCAGCGAUGACGAGGACGGGUCCAGUGGACGGCCCGAGCCCGGCUGUGAUGUCAUUGAAAGCGGGGACGUGGGGGUGCUGUUUCUGGAGCAGCUGAAGUCGACCAACCAGUCCAACGACAGGACAGACUUCCCAAACUUCCGAAGCCUGCUGUGGCGCACCAUGACCAAGUGUCCGGACCGGGUGGAGCCACGGAGCCGAGAACUGAGUCCUCUGCUGCUCCGCUUCGUCAGGAAUGAGUUCUACCCGGCCGACCUGAUGGUCGCUCCAACGCAGGACCUGAGGAAGAAGAGUGACGCUGCACCAGAGGACGCUGACAUGACUGUGGACGAGGAGGAGGAAGAGGAGGAGGAGGAGGAGAGAGGCCAGCAACAAACCAAGGGAGUGUCCAGGAGAGCAGCUGCAAGACAGCUGAUUGCUCAUCUGAAGGUUUUUGCCCAGUUCACCAACCCGUGCUCUCUUUACCUGGAGAGCCAACUCAGCGAGCUCUAUAACCAGCUGCUCUGUCAUCAGGACCAGCAGAUCCAACGAGUGGCUCUAGAAUGUGUCCUCACCUACAAAGACUCCAACAUCGUCCCCUACAAGGAGAAUCUGGAGAGACUGCUGGACGACAAACACUUCAAGGAGGAGAUCGUCCAUUUUAACAUUUCUGAAGAAACAGGAGUCGUCGACGCUUCCCACAGAGCCAGGCUCAUCCCACUGCUGAUGAGGAUCCUUUUUGGACGUCUGCGCAGCAAAGCAGGAAGUAAGUUCCAGGGCAAAUCCUCGGCAGCCACCCGCUCCUCCAUCAUUCUGCGUUUUCUGGCCGGUUGCCAAACGGAGGAGCUGGAGAUGUUCAUCAGCCUCCUGCUGGAGCCGGUGUCUCAUUACUGCCAAGGGUCCUGUCUGGCGUCGGUGGAGAAAGCGGUCGCGGACACAGACCCGGGCGCCGUUCUGCCGCUGGGCCGUCAGCACAGCCUGUUGAACAUCAUCAACGUGGUGCUCCAGAAGUUGGGCCACCUCAUUGACAUCUACCUGCCCAGGGUGCUGCGGAUCCUGCUGUGCGUCACUGCCAGUGUGUCCACGCUGCUGGACAACAGGGAGCAGCUGAGGCCCGGCUGCAUCAGUCCUCUGAAGAACCUGAGGCGACUCGGCGUCUUGAGGAUCUACGACUUCUUCGAAGGCUUCGACUCCUACAGCUUCAGCCCAGAUGAGCUGGACGCUGUGUUCCAGGCGGUGGUCUGGCCUCAGGUGUGUCGUCUGCCCACAGAGAGUCCUUACUCUCCCACUCCUCUGCUCAAACUGAUCCACGUGUGGUGCAAACAUUCCAGGUACUUCCCUCUUCUGGCCAAGCAGAGACCCGACCACCCGGAGUGCGACGUCCUCCUGAACGUCUUCGCCCUCCUGUUUGCAAAGAACGCUUCCACGGCGACCGUUGCCAUGGUCAUGGACGUCGCCGAGUCUCUGGCGACGACCGAAGACUUUGUGGCUUCGGAGUCCGAGACGGAGCUGAGCGUUAACAACGGCGUGUUCCCGCAGCCUGCAGAGGGCGCUCUGGUUACAGCAGAGUCUUUAUCCCAGGGCUUCAGACUGCUGCUGCCUCACAUCUCUGUGGUGCUCAACUACUUCAGCACCACCGUCUGCAGCACCGACAGACUCAAGAAGAAGAAGUUCCGAGCGCACGUGGCCAAAGAGCUCAACAUCCUCUCCAAGAUAAGUCGGUUCGUCAGCAGCAGGGAUCAGAGCUCGGUGCUCAUCAGGCUGCUGCUGCCGUAUCUCCACAAAGGCCACAACGCUCCGGAGACAGAGAUGGACAUCCUGGCCACCGUACAGAAUCUGCUGCAGCAGUGCGUCCAACCCUCCGCCUUCCUGCGGCCUCUCAGCAAACUCUUCUCCGUUAUUCACAACAAGCUGCCGAGACAGGCGCUCACCAGCGUCUUCCAGACUCUCUCAGAUCUGGAGCCGUCGCUCAACUACAUCACAGAUUUAGCAGCAAAGCUCAAUGCCUUCGACAGUCGACACUUGGAUGAAGUUCACUACGACGUGCGUCUCACCGCCUUCCAAGACGCCACCAGGAAGGUCAGGGAGAUGCGGACCCUGGACCUGGACUUCAUCGGCACCAUCAUACACAACUGUUUCCACACCUACGAGAUUGGAGACAUGUCGCUGGCAGACAACGCCACCUUGUGUCUGUCUGCGGUCAUCACCCAGGUGGCAGAAGUCAACGCUGGAGAACAAAUCUACAGGGACGUCAUCCAGCACACGGUCCUGGACGCCGUGCUCAAAGGACUGCGUAGUAAAAACGACAGAGUGCAGCAUGAGUACACCACCGUGCUGGCCUGCCUGGUGAAGACGUUCCCCAACAGGAAGGAGUUCAAAGACCUGGUGCAGCUCACGGAUUACAACGACCCUGAGUCGGACUUCUUCGAGCACAUGAAGCACAUCCAGAUCCACCGUCGUGCUCGUGCACUGAGGAGGUUGGCCAAGCAGCUGACGGAGGACAAGGUCAUGAUUUCCCCUCGCUCCCUGCAGAACUACGUGAUGCCGUACGCCAUGACGGCGCUGUUCGAUGAGAAGAUGCUGAAGCAUGAGAACAUGACCUCAGCCUCGGUGGAGGUGGUGGGCGCCGUGUGUCGCAAACUGACCUGGUCCAAGUACCUGUACUACCUCAAACACUUUGUCCACGUCCUGCAGACGUCACAGGCCGAGCAGAAACUGGGCGUCACUUUGCUGGUCACGGUUCUGGAGGCGUUCCAUUUUGACCACCAGACACUCAGCAGAGAAAUUGAGGCGGCGAAGGCCAGAGAAGAAGCGGCAAGAGUUCAAGUCGACCAGCAGGGGGCAGAGGACGCUGCAGCAGAUGAAUCAGAUGCAAGCGAUGACGAGGAGCCGAUGGAGAUAGAUGGCAAGGCGGCUGCGGCUACUGUGUCCAUGGAAGUGGACAACGUGGAGGACCACAAAGGCGUCUCGGAGGACGCCGCCGCCGCUAAGAACAAAAAAGCGGCGCCUGUGAAACCGUCUGUAGGGGUCAGCGGACUGCCACAGAGUCAGGAGGAGCUGGAGUAUCUGAUAAAAACCAUCCACCAGACGGUCAACGACAGCGUCCUGCCUCGUCUGCAGAAGUGUCUCACGGCCAAGGUGACACGUGACGAGGAGCACAAGUCCAUCAAGUCCAAGGCCGUGAAAGAGGAGGAGGUGGUGAGGAUACCGAUCGCCUUCGCUAUGGUCAAACUGAUGCAGACGCUCCCCCCGCACAUCAUGGAGGGCAACCUGCCCGGAAUCCUCAUCAAGGUGUGUGUGCUGCUGAGGAACCGAUUCCAGGAGGUCAGAGAUGUGGCCAGAGGAACGCUGGUGAAAAUCGUGGAGACUCUGGGAUGUCGGUACCUGCAGUACCUGCUGAAGGAGAUGCAGGGAAUCCUGGUCAAGGGGUACCAGGUCCACGUGCUAACAUUCACCGUCUACAACCUCCUGUCUGUGCUCAGUCCCACUCUGAAGCCCGGUGAUCUGGAUCCAUGUAUGAACAUGCUCAUCAGUAUCUUCAACAACGAGCUGUUCGGCGCCGUGGCCGAGGAAAAGGAAGUGAAAGGAAUCGUCUCCAAGCUGAUGGAGGCUCGACACAGCAAGAGCAUGGACUCGUACGAGCUGCUGGCCAAGUUCUGCAGCAGAGACAGCAUCACCAAGCUCAUGUUGCCCCUGAAGGAGAUUCUGGAGACCACGUCCAGUCUGAAAGUGUGUAACCGGGUCAGCGCUGUGCUGCGGCGGCUAGUCCUGGGUCUACUCGCAAAUGAGGGCAUGACCGCUCAGGACAUCCUCCUGUUGAGCCACAGUCUGGUCAGCCAGAGUCUGCCGCUGGUCACCAAGAAAGACCGACAGAAGUCUGCUGCCCAGGCCCCCCCUGACCCCAGGCUGCCCCCGCCCAGCUGCCUCCUCCUGCCCCCAACCCCAAAGAGAGGUGAACAGAAGGCUCGGGUCAGCAGCCGAACCAACAUGCACAUCCUGGUGGACACUGGACUGAAGCUGCUCCACCUGAGUCUGAAGAAGUCUAAGGUCACCUCGUCUGAGGCUUCAGCUCUGGAGAUGCUGGACCCCUUCAUACAGCUGAUGCUGGACUGUCUGGACUCCAUGCACGUUAAGGUGAUCACUGAGGCCCUGGUCUGCUUCACCUUCCUGCUCAAGUUCCCGCUGCCGGCGGUGGAGAAGAACUCGGAGCAGCUGACCAAGAAGCUCUUCGUCCUGUUGAAGGACUUCUCCAAGGCUGGAGCGGCUCGAGGGGAGAACUACCACCUGGUCCAGAGCUGCUUCAAGGCCAUCACCACGCUGGUGAAGAACUUCAAGAACAGCAACAUCACUGAGGUUCGGCUGCGGGUGCUGCUGGGAUACGCCGAGGAGGACAUUUAUGACCAAUCACGUCAGGCCACUGCCUUUGGUCUGCUGAAGGUGAUUCUGUCCAGGAAACUGGUGGUUCCAGAGAUGGAGGAACUGAUGAAGAAAGUGUCCAAACUCUCCAUCACUGGUAGCAACUCCAUGAUCAGAAUCCACUGUCGACAGAUAUUCCUGAAGUACCUGCUGGACUACCCACUGGGGAAGAAGCUGAGAGGACACCUGGACUUCGUGGUGGCCCAGCUGCAGUACGAGCACGACACGGGCAGAGAGUCGGUGCUGGAGAUGUUGGCGUACAUCUUCCAGACGUUCCCUCAGAAUCUGCUGCUACAACACAGCGGCCUGUUCUUCGCCCCGCUCGCCCUGUCCGUGGUCAACGACGACUCGGCUCGCUGUAAAAAAAUGGCCGCCUUGGCCAUCAAGGCUCUGCUCGCCAAGCUGGACCUGAACCACCAGAACAUCCUGUUCUCGCUGGUCAACACGUGGCUCAACUCAGAAAAGUCCAACCUGCGGCGUCUCGGAGCCUUGAUCUGUGGCCUGUUUGUGGAAGUGGAGCAGGAGAAGUUCGUCCAGAGGCUGGACACACUGCUCCCCCUGCUGGAGAGGGAGAUCCACCCAGACAAUUAUGAAGACAUCGAAGAGGAGCAGGAGGAGAAAGGAGCUGAUAGGCUGUUGUUCAGUCACCUGACCCUGGUCACCAAGCUGGUCCAGCACUGUGGUCUGCUGGAGCUCCAGAAACCCCGGGACACGCUCCUCAGCAUCUGGGGUCACAUCGAAGCCCACCUGAGCUACCCUCACUGCUGGGUGUGGCUGACCGCCUCGCAGCUCUUUGGUCAGCUGUUCGCGGCGCAGCAGGCGGAGCAGCUGGUCAGCAGGUGGAGAGGAGAGGCUGCAGAUGUUUCUCCUCCGUCCGUGGCCACCGUCUUCAUCACCACCAACCUGGACAAGAAGAUGAGACAGUUGGCGUUGACGCUCUGCCAUCAGCUGCAGUCCAAGUUCCUGGACACGGCCUCAGGAGAGCAGGUGAUCAAGAACCUGCUGUUCGUUGGCAAAGUCAUCUACCUGCUGUCCCCCGAGUCUGAGGUCACAGCUGAACAAGAAGAAGAAGAAGAAGAAGAAGAAGAAGGGAAAGUGGAGGAGCCAGAGGAGAACGGAAAGGACGAACAGGAGGAGGAGGAGGAGGAGGAGAAGGAGGAGAAGGAAGACAACCGACCUCCGUCACUGCUCUGGUUGAUGAGGAAACUUUCUCUGAUGGCCAAGAGAGAAGCAGCCCACUCUCCUAAAGUUCCUCUGAAGAGAACGUGUGUCUUCAAGUUCCUGGGAGCCACAGCCAUGGACCUGGGGGCAGAGAGACUGGGUCCGUACCUGACCACCAUCAUCGCCCCCCUCUACAGGGAGCUGGACAGCACGUACGCUGACCAAGACCCCACCCUGAAGAACCUGGCUCAGGAGCUCAUCGAGCUGCUGAAGAAGCAGGUCGGACUGGAGACGUUCUCUCUCGCCUUCUCUGCCGUUCAGAAGGAGUUCUCCAAGCGGCGAGCAGCGCGUAAACGCCACAGGGCCGUGCAGGCCGUCGCCAACCCGGAGGUCGCCGCCAAGAAGAAACUCAAGAAACACAAGAACAAAAUAGAAGCCAAGAAGAGGAAGAUCGAGUUCCUGCGGCCGGGCUACAAGGCUAAGAAGCACCGCAGCCACGCCCUCAAAGACCUGGCCAUGGUGCAGUGACGCCGCUGGUCAUGUGACCCCGGGAACAGAUAAGACUUUGGUGUUUUCACAGAUGCUGUUUGAUGACUUUUUCUAAUUAAAAAUUAUUUACAACGUCAAA